AUGGCCAUCCAAAGCAAGAUGGUUGCGGACAAUGACCCAAUCCCAACCGUGGUCCAAGAAUUCUUUCGCUCACUCGCGCCAGCCCAGUUGAGCUCGAUCACCAAAGCAAUUGUGGCUACUAUCCCGGAGCGUUCGACAAGCGAAAAUCGCAUGUCCUUUAUCGCACGCAACAAACGAACAAUGUCACCGAAACGUCCUUUGAAUGGUUUCAUUGCCUAUCGAGCAUACUACAGUCCCGUGUUCAAGGGUGCAACCCAGAAAUCGAAAAGCGGCUGGAUGAAGACCCUGUGGGAAGCAGAGAAGAAGAGAGCGAUGUGGGGUUUGUUGGGACAAGCAUACUCCGACAUGAGAGACCACCAUACCGAGUCGAUUGCAGUGGACAAGUUCCUGGCGAUUGCGGUGCCAUUGCUCCCAAUCAUUCCCGUGGAUGAAUACCUGAACAAGAUGGGGUGGAUAUUUGCGGUCGACAGCAGCGGCGAAUCGGUACUUGUGCGAAGCCAAGAAUUCAAUGAGGCCGCUUUGGACGCCGAGUAUCCUCCUGUGUGCAGGCUGUCCCUGCGUGACAUUGUCGAGCACUGCUACCGUCAAGGGCUGGUGGAGCGCCGUCGCCGGCAGCGCACCCGUCAACACCCAUUACGCGACGCGCUGGUGCGAGAGGGUUUGAUGACGCUGCAGGCUGCGGCCUCCGCUGCUGCUGGUGGCGGCGGUGGUGGAACAAGCGGUGGACCUGCUGGUACCGCCGCCGCCGCUGCUGUUCCUCAAACUCCGCCACGCAGCUGCGGCGCUCUGACUCUUGCAGUGAUGCCGCAAUCGGUUACAUCUCCUGCUACAAGCGAGCAAAUCACGAACGGCACUCAAAACCUGGCAUUGGCGGGAUUGAGCAACGCAGCCAGCGCAGUCAGCACUCCCAGUCUUGUGGCCGACAACGAGCACAACGAGCUCGAGGCAGCCGAUUUGGACUACCUGACCAUUGAGCACGUCAUUGCUGACCAGCAGUCGGCAUAUGGGCGCACCAACGGGCCUUCUCAGGCCGGAUUGCAUUUCCACCCAAGCAUCUCUCCGCCCAUUUUAGGCUUUGAUCCACGGGUUAUUCAGGACGACUUUGACCCAUUCAACCUCAACCUGUUCGGGUAUGACAUCAACAGCCACACGUGA